UUUAUUUACGUUUGGAACUGUUUAUUACUUGUCGUUUUGUGUACCCUGGCUGGUCCUGGACAGGGAUUUAAUACACAAAAUAGUCUGGAAAUUUGGGCUAAAUUUAUGGGCGUGACAGUUGAGUCCUUCACCUCGGGCCGGCUACACCUUGGUGUUUGAUGAUUUUUUUGAAGCUGGCUUCAGGUUUCCUUGCAGUGCAUUUCUUGUUGAGGUCCUUAGGCUAUAUGGACUUGAGUUUUCUCAGCUUACACCAAACACCCUUGUUAAGCUUGGAAUUUUUGAAUGGAUUAUUCGGAGUUGCGGUGGUACUCCGCAUGGAUGCGAUUUUGCUUAUUUUCACACCAUUCGGCGCUAUACAAGGCAAAACUCCCAAUUUGGGUGUGUUAACUUUAUGCCACGCUUAAAUCGCGGUUGUCCUUGGCCAGUUGUCUCUGUUAUGUGGACCAAAUGGGGAACUCAUUGGCAGUCAAAAUGGUUCUAUCAUAAGAUUCCAGCAGAUCUGAAAACCAUGGAAAAAUGCCCUUUUGUGUUUUCUUGUAAAUCUUUGAGUGUCAUCUCAGAUCCAGCUGUUACUUUGUCAAAAGACUUUGCUGACAUUCGCCCUCGAAUUGAAGAACUUGUCUCUAAAUUUAGUGUUCGAGACUUGGUCGAGGAGUUCAUUUAUCUUGGUAUUCGACCUCUUUCUGCCAACUGGACUUUAUCUCUUGGUGAAAUUCCUGAGGGUUCUAGUUCUUUGCUUCCUCCUUUCGAGAUAUCUGCGAAUACAAAAAUUGUGAAGGACGUGGAUGGGCCAAGCAAGAAAUAUAUUGGCCCUUAUACCAAGAAAGAGCAUGGCACAUAUCUUGCGGUUCAGCAAGGUAGAAAACAAAACAGGAUUCUAAGUGCCCUCGGCCAAGAUAUGAUGGUUCGAGUUCAUCCUGAUUUGAAGAAGAAAAAGAAGAAAAACUCGAAUAUCAAUCCAAAAGAUGCUGCAUCUUCAUCUUCUGAUAAUGAGGAGAAUAGCUUGGAUGGGGAGUCUGAUUCAAGUGAUGAAUCGUCUGAUGACAGCGGCUCCUCUGAGUCGAGCGAACAUACUCACACUGCUCCUUUUGUGCAAGAAAACUCGAGUCCUGCUUUGAAGCGUAAAAAGAUGCCUUCAAGUUCUCCUGUUGACUCGAACUUGAAAAAAGUUCGAAUUGCUCUGGAUAGUGAUGAUGAGGAUGAAAACAUUCUGUCUUAUGAGCUACCUGCUAUCAGUGAGAUAAGUUCAGUUGAGAUUGGGAAUGUUUCGAACGUUAAUUCUCUUUCAGCUGCAGCUGAUUACCUCUCUGCUCCCUUGAACGUUCUUACUUCUGCUGCCAAAGAGGUUGAGGAACCUAUUUGCAUUGAUGCUAUUGAUGUGGACAUGAACCCUGUCAAUCCUGUUCAAACAGAGAACGUUCCUGAAGUUGUUAAUCUGAAUUUCCAAUCCAGAAAAAACAUAGUUGAAGAUCAAGCCACAGAAUGACCCCUUCUCCCGAGUUGAUAAAAGAUAUACUUGGUGGUUUCAGCGAGCGAUGUUCGAAAAAUGGCACUUGGUUGAUGGGUUUGCCUGAUUUUUGCGCGGAUGGGGAGACUAGCAGUCGAGGUUCUAAGUUGUGUCUUGAUGACCUUAAGUAUCGCUCGUCUCUUCAUCAGCUUGGAAAUGAAAUUGCUCCUAGCCUCAUCACUCCGGAGCUUGAAAAGGAAUUUUUGGAGCACAAUGAUCUUAUCUCAGCUUGGACGGCUUUUCUUCUUCUUUCUUUUUCUCUAACUCUGCUGGGGUCCAUUCUGCCACAAAUUUUGCCAACACUUGUGACUUUAUCGCUGUUCUUGAUGUGUAUUUCAAGUCAAAAGGCAAAAGUUCCAUAGCCCAUUUGGCAAUUCUUCCUGCUAUUUCCUUGUUCGACAACACCUCUCCUAUUGGAUAAGUUGAUGGUACUGUUAUGUCGUGAGAUAAGAAAUAAUGUCUCAAUUUUCUUGAUGCCAUCACAAUAGAAUAUAUCAUCUUUUCCACUUCUGUAUACCUUGUUUUUGGUCCUUGCAAUGCUUCGGACAUAAAAUAAACUGGCAUUUGCUUGUUACCCUGUUCUUGUACUAAGAC